AAACUCAAACUCAAGCGCGGACAUGCCUCAUGGAAGCCUAGUACCCGAGAAAUAGAACUGCAGCAAGAAGGGGGAGUGAUCUUGAGACGGGAAGGGGAUGAGGCGAUCCCGGAUUAGACGGUCAAGGGCGAGACAGAUGAUAUUACAGGGACACUCGGGCAGAGAAAAUAGCAAGUGGGCAUGGAUGGGUGACUAGAAGUCACUUUGAGAAACGAUAAGAUGCUUCAAGAACAUUUGUUUAUGACAUGUUGGAGAGGACACCCUUGAGAAUCAUUAUAGAUAACUUACCCAUCCUUGAAGAUGUUGGAAUGGGAAUUUAUCAUGUGUCACUCGUUCUAGAUUAUAAAAUUCAGGAACAUGCUCUAUUUGUUCUUGCAAGAGGCAAACAGAUGAUGGAGUAG